GGGCCACAGGUCCAAGAAAGCCACACUGGUCAGAAGCAAUGGGCGGAGUCCAGGCAGUCAGACACCCGGCGGGCGUGGCCCCGCCCUGCGCGUGCGGCAGCGCUGCCUGGACUACGUUUCCCAGAAGGCCGCUCGCCAACACCGGAAGCGGCGUGUCCAGGGAGUCUGGGCAAUGUGGUGGGUUUCUUUGGGGGAUUCACCCCGCGCGUGGCUUGCAGCCGGGCCCCGCGCAGCCCCGGGACGGCUCCUCGCCCUCUCUUGUCCACGCUGCAGUCUCUGCACUGACGCCGGCCUGGCCAGGGGCUUUGUCAGCGGCCUCCUGCCCAGGAAAAGGAGUGGGAGAGCUCUCCCCCGAGGAUCCCUGCCGCUCCCUGCCCAGCUCAGCCUGCAGAGGAGCCAGAGGGAUGGCCCCUGGGAGCCCCAGCCCCCCAGCCCAGGAGUCGCUGACGUUCCAGGAUGUGGCUGUGGACUUCACCCAGGAAGAGUGGCGCCUCUUGGAGCCUCCCCAGAAGGAGCUGUAUAGGGAGGUGAUGCUGGACAAUGCCCAGAACCUGCUGUUCCUGGGAAUUCCAGUUCCCAGAGGAUACCUGAUCUCUCAUUUUAAGCAAGAAGGCCCAAGGAAUUCCUGUCUAGAUGCAGAGACCAGGGUUGAUGUGAAGGAGUUGCCCACGGAGGUGAAAAUGACCUCCUGGAAGGAAUACUUUCACAGCAAUGAAUCCAGAGCUGAUUGUAGUAAACUUGAGAGAAUCCACAGUGGCGAGAAACAUUAUGAAGGCAAUCAGCAUGGAAAAGCUCUCAGGAAGGGUUCCAGUGUUGCCAAAAAUAAGAGAAUCCAUACUGAAGAGAAACCUCAUGAGGGUCAUGAAUGUGGAAAAGCUUUUAGGGAUCCCUCUUCCCAUAUUGUACACCAUAGAAUCCACCCUAGAGGGAAACCUCAUGAAUGUAAUCAUUGUGGGAAGGCUUUCAGAAGUAGGGACAGAUGUAUUCAUCAUCAAAGAAUCCACACUGGGGAGAGACCUUAUGCAUGUAAUGAAUGUGGAAAGAGUUUCACAUAUAACUGCAGUCUUGCUGUACAUCUGAGAAGCCACACUGGAGAGAAACCUUAUAAAUGUAAACAAUGUGGAAAGACAUUUACCAGCAGCUCCAGUCUUACUUAUCAUCAGAGAGUCCACACUGGGGCAAAACCUUAUGAAUGUAAUCAGUGUGGAAAGACAUUCACAAGCAGCUCCCAUCUUACUUAUCAUCGGAGAACUCACACUGGGGAGAGACCUUAUGAGUGUAAUCAGUGUGGAAAAGCUUUCAGAAGCAGCUCCAAUCUUGCUGUGCAUCAGAAAAACCACAGUGGAGAGAAACCUUACCAUUGUAAUCAGUGUGGAAAGGCUUUCAAAAGGAGCUACAAUCUUACUUAUCAUCAAAGAAUUCACACUGGGGAGAAACCUUAUGAAUGUACUCAUUGUGGAAAGACAUUCUCGAGCAGCUCCAGUUUUACUUACCAUCAGAGAAUACACACUGGGGAGAGACCUUAUGAGUGUAAUCAGUGUGGGAAGACAUUUACCUGCAGUUCCCAUCUUACUUCUCAUCAGAGAAUGCACACUGGGGAGAGACCUUAUGAGUGUAAUCAGUGUGGAAAGACUUUCAGAAGCAGCUCUCGUCUUACUGAUCAUCAGAGAAUGCACACUGGGGAGAGACCUUAUAAAUGUAAUCAGUGUGGAAAGACAUUCACCAGCAGCUCCAGUCUUAAUUAUCAUCGGAGAAUGCACACAGGGGAGAGACCUUAUGAAUGUAAUCAAUGUGGAAAGACGUUCACCAGCAGCUCCAGUCUUAAUUAUCAUCAGAGAAUGCAUACAGGGGAGAGACCUUAUGAGUGUAAUCAAUGUGGAAAGACAUUCACAAGCAGCUCCCAUCUUACUUAUCAUCAGAGAAUGCACACUGGGGAGAGACCUUAUGAGUGUCAUCAAUGUGGAAAGGCUUUCAGAAGCAACUCCCACCUUACCUAUCAUCAGAGAAACCACACUGGAGAGAAACCUUAGCAAGUAAUCAAUGCGGAGGGAGUUUGUCAAGCAACUAGCUUGCUAUACGACAGAUAAGCCACACUGAGGAGAAACCUUAUGAAUGUAGUCAAUGUGGAAAAACUUUUACAGGCAGGGCCAGAUGUAUUCGUCAUUGGAGAAUCCACACCAGGGAGUGAUCUUAUGCUUGUAAUGAAUGUGGGAAGUGUUUCACAAAGAACUGUAGUCUUGCAGUACAUCUGAGAAUCCACACUGAAGAAAAGCCUUAUGAAUGAAAUCAAUGUGGAAAGACUUUUAGGAGCCGCUACAAGCUUGAUAUGCUUCAGAGAAUCCACUCUGGGGAGGAAUCUGAUCAAUGUAAUCAUUAUUGCAAGAUUUUCACACACACCUCCAGUCAUACUUAUCAUCAGAGAAUCCACACUGGGGAGAAGCCUUAUGAAUGCCUGGAAUGCAGUAAAACUUUUCCUAGACAUUUUCCUUUUGCUAGACAUCAGAGAAUCCACACUAGAGAAAAAACAUUGUUAAUGUUAAAAUUAAUAUUGGAGACUUUCUAUUAGUUACAGUGAUUUGUUAGUAAAAGAGAGAGAAAGAAGAGAGUCUGCCUAGAAGGUCUCCAAGUUGUACUGCUUCUCUCCCCAAGUUCCCUGAUGGCCACCACUGGCUGCUUCUCCCAAGUAGCUACUGCUUAAGAGAUCAUUCCUCCAUUAAGCUGUAGCCCAAACUGCUGCUUUGGGCUUCUCUUUGGCACCAGAUUAUAAAGUCAUAUAAGAGCAGGAGUUCUCCACUGAGACAGGCGCAUUGAUCCCCCAAGGAAAAAUGGCAGUGACCCUGCUGGUGUUUCAAUCCUAAUUUUAUCCCUCCUAAUCAGAGUUUCUAAUUGGCCAGGGAUUGACCUCAGUCCCCACCUGAGCAGACACAUCACAUAUGUUGACUUCCAUUGGUGAGGAACUGCACUGCCACAUUGGCAAAUUGAAACACGUGACUCAGUGGUGCCUAACUACUUCAAGUGAUAUAUAAACCUUAUAAAAUGUAA